AGUCUGCCCAGGAUUCCGGCUCGAGUGGUCGCUUCUCCUGCUGCUCGCGGGGCCCGCGUUUCCCUCGCCCGCGUUCAUCAUGGCGCUGAGUGAUGCCGACGUUCAGAAGCAGAUUAAACACAUGAUGGCUUUCAUUGAGCAGGAAGCCAAUGAAAAGGCAGAAGAAAUAGAUGCUAAGGCUGAAGAAGAAUUCAACAUUGAGAAAGGUCGUCUUGUUCAGACACAGAGACUGAAGAUCAUGGAGUACUAUGAAAAGAAAGAAAAGCAAAUAGAACAGCAAAAGAAAAUUCAGAUGUCCAACCUGAUGAAUCAGGCAAGACUGAAGGUUCUCAAAGCCAGAGAUGACCUGAUUGCAGACUUGCUGAGCGAAGCCAAGCAGAGACUGGCUAAAGUAGUGAAGGAUACAGGCAGGUACCAAAUCCUUCUGGAUGGCUUAGUUCUACAGGGAUUGUAUCAAUUACUUGAGGCUAGGACGACUGUCCGUUGCAGGAAACAGGAUCUUCCCUUAGUAAAGAAUGCAAUCCAGAAGAGUAUUCCAAUAUACAAAACUACCACCAAAAAAGAAGUUGAUGUACAAAUUGAUCAGGACACAUUUCUUCCAGAAGACAUAGCUGGAGGUGUUGAAAUUUAUAACAGUGACAAUAAAAUUAAGGUUUCCAAUACACUGGAAAGUCGUCUGGAUCUCAUUGCUCAGCAAAUGAUGCCAGAGAUCCGAACAGCACUUUUUGGUGCCAACAGUAACAGAAAGUUCAUGGACUAAAUUCCUUGGAAUGCCGGUGGAAUUCUCUUCCACUGAUGUGCUGAGGGGAAAGGCCGGAGCAUUUCCAGUAAAACAACGUCCCUCCCCUUAAAAUGUACUUAGAGCUCUAUUGUGUUGUUCUGCGAAUGUUUUUCAGUUAAAUUAUUAUUUUUUGCAUACAUACUUGGUGUGCUUAGUCUUUCUGAGAGAAAGGCAGGAAGAACUUUUUCCAGAGAGCAGUAGCACGGGAUCCCAAAAUUAAGGCAUUUGCACGCUUUGGUUUAGAGAAAUUACUUGGAGCUCAGCUGUCAUUUUCCAGGGUGGUUAUUUCCCGCACAGCACGCCACCAGUCCCUGCUGCUUACCCGUUUUCUUCCUUUCCAAAGCUUAUGUCCUUCUUCUGGUGAACGCAAACCUCCAACUUCCCCAAUCUGGUGCUUCCCAGGCUGGGAACAGCAAGCCAUGUUAACUUGGUUAGUCCCAGACUUUUGUUCUGUAUAUGUGAUUGAAACUACAGAUAUGUGUACAUAACCUCGCUGUGUAUGAGUUUAUUAAAAUGGAAGGCAUGCAAAA